UAAAUCAUUAGUUUCAUUUUGGAUUCUGAAGUCACCAAACGUCAGGAAGAAAUGAUUGUUCUGCUACUUAUUGCUUCUCUGCUACCUGCAGGUUUAGGAUGUCUAUUCAAAACGAUCCCUCCUUGUUCCUGCGUUCAGAUUGCCUACAGGACAACCGAAAUCACCUGCAAAGCUACCACCGAUGCCGAUGAAUUAGAGAAAUCACUUUUGAAACUCCAAAAUCAACCAAUACAAACGCUUUAUAUAAUGGACAGCUCUCUGAUGUACUUACCGAGCGAUGCUUUUCAGGGUUUAAAGGUGGAAAGGCUCGAUUUGGUGAAUUCCACAUUCCAAGAUCUGGCAGAAUCUGAAGUAGCAUUCGAAGGCCUUGGAAAAACUCUUCAGAUCUUAAAUAUUCAGGAGUGUACUAUCUUCAACGGGUUCAAUUGGGACGAAUUCAGAAACCUGAAGAAUCUGGUAACCUUGAAAACAAUCAAGGCAGGUAUUCGAGCUAUAGAUUCAGACAUAGGAGAUAUAGCGCAUUUACCUUUGAAAGAAAUAUUCUUAACCCAAGACUCUAUAUCUUAUAUCGAUGACAGUGCUUUUGCAAAAUUCAAGAACUUGAUGGUUCUAUCACUGAAAAUGAAUCACAUUUCGGAGUUGAAAAGAAGCAUGUUCCCUAAUCCAGCACCCAAACUGCGCGUGAUUAAUCUCAGCUACAAUGCAAUAGAAAACUUACCCGAGGAUAUGUUCACGAAUAUGCCCGGGUUGCUUUCCAUUCUGCUGGCUGGCAAUAAUCUCAUUACUGUGGACCAAAAAACUUUCUCCCCAGUCUGGAGUCAACUGACCAAAAUCAAUCUAUACGAGAAUCCCAUGAGGUGUGACUGCAGAAUGAAGUGGAUGCUACAAAUGAUAUCUCCCAAGAACACUUGGGCCGAAUGUGUGCACCCACCCCAUUUGGCCGGAUCAAAUCUCGCCCAUCUGAAGGCAGAUGAUUUGAAGUGUUGAGAACAAAAUAUAAACAAUUUAUUUGCAAUAAACUAUUUAUUAUGUAUCAUGA